GAGAUGGCACGGCGAGACGAGAGCGAGCCCUAUUUGAAUGGCAAUUUGUGCACCCGCUGGCCCCGGAAAUCACUUUUUUGACCGACCUGCACGAUUCCUGCAGACGGCCUGCCGACGCAAUUGGCCUUUCAAGGAUUUCCCUCUCUAGUCACCGUCUUUUUUCGAGCCACGUAAAGCUAGCCUCGCAUACCUGUCGGGUGUCACGAAAUUGCUCUCACACGCAACGCUUCCUAUCCAGCACGCGCUCAGUUGCGCCAAUCCCUACGUGCUCAUCGACACCAUGAGGCCCACCUCAAUAGCAGCGUUGCUGUUGUCGCUGUUCACCGUUGCUGUCGUCGCAUGGAGCAAAGAGGACCACGAGAUAUUCCAACUCAAUGACGCCGUGCGCAAUGACAUUGGUGCCAAUGUCACUUUUUACGAUUGGAUUGGCAUCUCUCCUUCGGCCGAUCAGAAGACGCUAAACAGGGCGUAUCGGAAGAAGGCUUCGGACCUACAUCCAGGUUAGCACAUCGCAGCCAGAGUGCUUCCCAACGUGAUCCUAACGCCCUGCCAGACAAAGCCAAGUCACGCUUUAUCUCGCAAUACAAGAAGAAGCAUGGAAAGGAGCCCACAAAGAGGGAGAUCACAGCUUACUACAAGGAGGCUGAAAAGCGAUUCGGGCGUUUCAGCGUAGUCGGGAAUAUCAUGCGCGGCGAAGGCCGGGACCGUUACGACUACUUCCUCAAGAACGGCUUCCCCAAGUGGCGAGGCACUGGCUACUACUACUCGAGAUACAGGCCUGGCACGGGCACGGUGCUUGUUGGGCUUUUCGUCAUGAUGGGAGGUGUCGCCCAUUAUGCAGCACUACAGCUCAGCCACAAGCGGCACAAGGACUUCGUCGAGCGAUAUAUCAAGCACGCGCGUAAGAUGGCCUGGGGCGAUAGCACUGGUAUCGCGGGAAUACCCGGAGCCAGUAACAGCCCCAACGGCACGACUGGCUUCGAAAGCCUUGCCACCCAGCAACAAGAGGACGGCCAGGCGCAGAAUUGGAACCGUAAGCAACGACGGUUGCAAGAGAAGGAGAACAAGAAGUUGAAGAAAGAUCCUAAAGCUGUGAAAAAUGCGCGUGAGAAGGGUAUCAGCACGCCCGUAGAUGCGGAGCUCAUCUCAGGCCCUGUUGGCACGAAGAAGCGUGUCAUUGCCGAGAACGGGAAGGUACUCAUCGUGGAUUCCGUAGGAAAUGUCUACGUUGAAGAGCAGACUGAGGAAGGUGAUACUAUUGAACUUCUGCUAGACAUUGAUGCUAUCGAGAAGCCUACCGUCUACGAUACCGUUCUCUUCAGGUUGCCGGCCUUUGUGUAUCGCAAAACCAUUGGUCGAUUUCUGCGCCCGCAUGAAGCUGUGCUAGAGCAGCUGACAAGAGAUGAGCACGAAACGAUCGAAGAUGCAGCUCUUGACUGCGCGACUUCCAUCAAUGCCAAUGAAGAAUCAGAACGAAGGAAGCCAAAAGUCCGGAGAAAGUAAAUGUUACAUGUUCUGAUUUGAAUCAUACCGGCUCGGCGCGAGAUGGGUUCUACAAGGUUGCGAGAUACCAAAGCGAUGACUAGGCAGCCGGCGCAAAAAUGUAAAGCGGAAUCAUUUCAAGUCAACAUUGAAUCAUCUUAUCAAAAUAAGUAGGAACAAGAGUCUAGCUCAGGGUAUAUCGAAUUAGUCAUCUUG